AUGUCGUCGUUGCUGGCUCGUCUUCGCGUCCACGACUCCCAACAUGGCCGUCGUACGGAUCGGUGGACCAACGCAGACAUUCUGCCCGUGCUCGCGGAGAACCGCAACUUCAACACCAAGUCGUACUUUGGCUUUUGGGUUUCCGCCGGCAUUGCCGCCACCUACUGGACCAUGGGCUCGACCGCCAUCGCCGCCGGCCUCAGUGUCGGCGAGGCAAUUCCCGCCCUGCUCAUUGGCGCCAUCAUCUCCGCCAUCGUGACUUGCGGUUGCUCCGAGUUCGGGCUCAAGUACCAUCUCGGCUUUCCCAUGCUGAGCCGCGCUGUCUUUGGCAUGUAUGGCAGCUACUUUGUCGUCAUCCUCAAAUGUUUCUCCAACUUUGUCUACUGCGGCAUUCAGACCUACUGGGGCGGCAUCGCCAUGCGUGUUAUGCUGGCCGCCAUUUUCCCUUCCUUCUACCGCAUGAAAAAUACGAUUCCUGAAAGUGCCAAUGUCACCACCCAAGAUCUUAUCGGAACCAUCAUCUACUUUGUCGUCUUUGUCGCUCUGAUCAUGGUCAGGCCGUACAAGCUCCAGCCCUUCUUCCUGGUCAGCUUCGUCGGCGUCAUCUUGACCAUCUUGGGCAUGUUCAUCUGGGCCAUGGCGAAAAACCAUGGUGCCGGCGACCUGGUCACACCCACCCUCAAAUUGGGCACAGGCACCACAGUUUUUGUCUUCUUCCAGUCCAUCUGUACCAUGGCCACCACCUUCACCGGGGUUGGCAUCCGGCAUUCCGACUGGACUCGCUAUGCAAAGACUCCCCGGGCGGCCCGACUGGGAUUCUGGAUCGCUUGUCCCUUGACCGUGUCGAUUGCCGCCAUCUUCGGCGUCUUCGUCACCAGCGCCACCAAAUCUAUGUACGGCAAGAUCAUUUGGCAGCCCAUGUCUAUCCUGGUCUACAUCCAACAGCAGGACUAUAGCUCGACUACGCGCGCAGGCACAUUUUUUGCCGGACUUGGCUGGUUUAUGAGCCAGAUUGCGGUCAAUGUUUCGUCCAACGCUGUCGCCACCGGAAUGGACUUGAGCUCCAUCCUUCCCGAAUGGAUUAGCCAGCGACGAGGCAGCGUCAUCCUCGCCUUGGUCGGCAUUGCCAUGUGUCCCUGGAACCUGGUCAAUUCUCCCGGCACCUUCAUCACCGUCAUCGGCUCGCUGGGCAUCUUUAUCGCACCGUUGAUCGGCAUAAUGCUGGCCGAUUACUGGGUCGUGCGUCGCCAGGCCUACAAUGUCCCCCAUCUGUACAUUGGCAACCGCUCCUCCAUCUACUGGUACCAUUGGGGUCUGCAUUGGAGGGCUUUUGUGACAUGGCUAUCGCUGAUUUGGGUUUCGAUGCCUGGGUUGGUCGCUUCUGCCGGCGGCCACGAUCUUAACGAAUCUUGGAGACGAAUCUUUCGCCUGGCCUUUUUGAUCGGUCUCGUCGGUGGAUUCUGCAUCUACACCGGCAUCUGCUACGUCUCCCCGAUUCCAGGGGCCCAUGACUUCGUCCCUUACGACUUCUCCAAUGAGGAGCUGAAGAACGUGGAAGAAGUGAUGGGUCAAGAGAUGGAUAUGGCCGCCAGCGAGAACGAGAAAGGGAAGAUCACGGAGUCCCAUACAACCGAUCUCGACCUUGACCUUGACGCCGCUCAUAAGAGAUGA